UGUCGGGCCGAGCGCGGCGGGGCCGCUCGAUUCCCGGCCCCGGUCCCGUCAUGCAGGCGGUGGAGCGGGACGGGGCGGCAGGCGGCCCCGAAGGGGCGGCGGGAGCUGCUGAGGCCCCGCCGGAGCCGUCGCCGCCCAAGGCCGCCGCUGCUUUCGACCUGCUGGAGCUGGUGCGGAGCUACCGGCGGCUGGAGCUCUACCUGGAGCCGCUGCGGGACGCCGCCGACGGUGUCCGCUCCCUCCUCCGGUGGCAGCGGCCCGUGUGCUCUCUCCUGGUCUGCCUCGGCCUCAACUUCCUCCUGCUCACCCUCGGCCAAGCUGCCUGGUACUCGGUGCUCGCCCUGCUGGUGGCGGUGCCGGCCCUGCUGGGUUAUCUGCAGGAGACGUGCCGGGCCCGGCCCUCGGAGCCGGAGCUGGUGCGCAGGAGGUACCACAGCAUCCGCAGGGAGGAUCUGCGCAAGGUGCAGCUCUCGCGGCAGGAGGCCAUCGCCCAGGUCAAGAGCUUCCUGAUCCAGCUGGAGGGGUUUCUGAACGGGAUGUGCUGCAGCUGUGAGGCAGUGUACCGUGUGCUGUACUGGGAGAAUCCCACUGUCUCUUCCCAGUUUUAUGGGGCGCUACUGGGCACUAUCUGUGUCCUCUACCUGCUGCCCCUCUGCUGGGUCCUGGCCAUCCUCAAUAGCACCCUCUUUCUGGGCAACACCCAGUUCUACCAAGUGAUAAUGGAGCUCAAGGCCUCCAUCGAGCAGUGUGUGGGCUCCAAACCCCUCGAGAGCACUCCAGAACCUGCUGAACCCCUGCCACCAGCUGCUGCCCCAGAUCGGACCCCCACCCCCACCAGUGCAGAGGACCUUACCCCUGGCAGUGUGGAGGAAGCAGAGGAGGCAGAACCUGAUGAAGAGUUCAAAGAUGCAAUUGAGGAGAACCAGCUGCUGGUCAUGGAGGAUGAUGAGAGCUCUCAGUGCUCAGCAGAUUUUGACCUCAGCCUCCCAGACAAUGGUUUUAUGAGCAAAAAUGAGGUGAUCCGCAGCAAGGUGUCCCGCCUGACCGAGCGCCUGCGCAAGCGCUACCCCAGCAACAACUUUGGGAACUGCACGGGCUGUGCUGCCACCUUCUCUGUGCUCAAGAAGAGGCGGAGCUGCAGUAACUGUGGGAACAGCUUCUGCUCCAGGUGUUGUUCCUUCAAAGUCCCCAAGGCUGUGAUGGGAGCCACGGCCCCGGAGGCUCAGAAGGAGACAGUGUUUGUGUGCGCACUCUGCAACCAGGUGCUCAUCAAGUGAUGAAACAGGCCCAGCCAGCUCUUGUGUCCUGCACUGCCUGACACCUGGGACAGCGGGCAGGCACCCUUGCCACUGGGAGCCUGGAGUGUUUGGAUCCCAGCAUGGCAUUCCCCUGCCAGAGGACGCUUGCACUUGUGCUCCUCCUGCCAGCGCCAGGCUGGACGGACCAGCCUUCCUUGCCAUGCACCAGCUGGGUCACUGUGGUGGAGCACUGCCCACGGCUGUGCCCCAUCCCUGCAGCUGCUCCAAGCCCUGGGUGCUCUCUGGCACUUGCUGUGCCCUGCCACGUGCUUGCCCAGGCCCUUUGGCCUGGCUCAGUGAUGGAAGAGCCAUCCUUCCUACUUGUGGUCCUGCCUUCACCUCCUGGCUGGGGCAGAACAACCUCAGGACUCUGUCCCUACCUUUCCCAGCACUGUGCUAUAAGUGACUGUAUUUUUGGGAUCAAUUCAGAGCUCCUCCUGCAUCCCUUGGGGUCUAGACUGGCUCAGCUGAGAUUCUGCUAGCCACUCCUGUGCUCCUCACCCUCACAGCCUGCAGGUUUAGUCUUUUACCCCUGAAUUUGGCUGUAACCCGGAGGAGGAAAGAGAAUGAGUUUGGAUUGGGCUGUGUGGCUGGGUCUCCAGUGUGACAAAAGGCAGGAGUUGGUGCUGCUCUGUGCACUUAGUGACUGCUGCUUUCUACUACAGAUUAAUAUAUAAAUGCAUAUAGAGAAUGAUCAAUAAAUCUCUUGUCCUCA